AUGAAGAAGAAGAUCAAACGAAUUGUUAUUGUAUAUCCAGUGGAUACAAUUUUCCUUCACUUUCUCGCCGCACUUUCCCGAUCACCGGAACAGCAUUGUACAGCGAUUCAGAGAAUGUCUCUUUGUUUUUCUUCCUUUAACGUAUUCUCUUCCUACUCACCCAAACCCAAAAGCUUCUUCAGAGAUUCCAAAUUCGUUUCACAGUUUCAGAUAAACUCGUUUCCUCUUCGAAUCCAUGAAUCCUCUUCGAAUCUUAGGUUUAUAAGAGCAGCGAGACUCAAACCGAUUUCAUCUCUAGACACGGGGAUUUCAGAAAUCGCUUCGUCGUCUUCCUUCAGGAACAAAAGCCCUAGCGAGAUAAACGUUCUGGUGGUUGGUUCUACUGGGUACAUAGGUAGAUUCGUAGUGAAAGAGCUAAUCAAAAGAGGGUUCAAUGUGAUUGCUGUAGCGAGAGAGAAGAGUGGGAUUAGAGGUAAAAACGAUAAGCAAGAGACUAUGAAUCAAUUGCAAGGUGCGAAUGUUUGUUUCUCAGAUGUUACUCAAUUAGAUACCCUCGAGAAAUCUGUGGAGGAUCUAGGGUUUGGUAUCGACGUUGUUGUUUCAUGUCUCGCUAGUCGUAAUGGAGGGAUUAAGGAUUCCUGGAAAAUCGAUUACGAAGCUACCAAGAACAGUCUUUUAGCUGGGAAGAAAUUCGGUGCCAAGCAUUUCGUUUUGCUCUCUGCGAUUUGCGUGCAGAAGCCUCUUUUGGAGUUCCAGCGUGCGAAGCUGAAGUUCGAAGCCGAGUUGAUGGAUUUAGCAGAGAAUCAAGACUCGAGUUUUACUUACAGCAUUGUGAGACCAACGGCUUUCUUCAAGAGCUUAGGUGGUCAAGUCGAAAUCGUGAAAGAUGGGAAACCGUAUGUGAUGUUCGGAGAUGGUAAGCUAUGCGCGUGUAAACCGAUCAGCGAACAGGAUUUAGCAUCGUUUAUAGCGGAUUGCGUGUUGGAAGAGAACAAGAUCAAUCAGGUAUUGCCGAUUGGUGGACCAGGGAAGGCGUUAACGCCAUUGGAGCAAGGAGAGAUUCUGUUUAGGCUUCUUGGGAGAGAGCCUAAGUUCGUGAAAGUACCUAUCGAGAUUAUGGAUUUCGUGAUUGGCUUUCUUGAUUUCCUCACAAAGAUCUUUCCUUCGGUAGGAGAGGCUGCGGAGUUUGGGAAGAUCGGGAGGUAUUAUGCUGCAGAGAGUAUGUUGAUUAUUGAUCCAGAGACUGGAGAGUAUAGCGAAGAGAAGACACCGAGUUACGGGAAAGACACCCUUGAGGAUUUCUUUGCGAAAGUGAUCAGAGAAGGAAUGGCAGGUCAAGAACUCGGAGAACAGUUCUUCUAA